UUUUCAAAAAACUGUUUUUACGGUCUGCGAACUCAUUAUGAUGCUGUCAAGCGAGUGGUCACGCCGCCUAGGGGAGUCGAGUGCUCAAAGAAUUCAAUCUGUGAACAAAGAUCCCGUAUAAAAUCAAGACCUAUUCACUAGAGUUUUAAAAUAAUCUGUGUUUGGUCAUGUUAGGAACGGUAUGGAUGUGUAUGACAACGUGAGAUACACUGUGUAAGAUUAACAUUAGGCCGUUAUUUAGUUCUAAACACACCUGUGCUUUACUAGGAAGAAGAUGUAUUAGUUUAGGAUAACCGCAUGUUAAAAACUACAAUUUUGCCGGCUAAGGGACAUCAGAGAUUUCCAGGAGAAGUUAUAACUAGACUGUUGCGAAGCUUGAUCGUCGCAUACCGACCAACAUAAUAAAAGCGCUCUGGGCAUAACGCUUCCACCGCGGAGUUUGCAGUAUAUCAACAUCAUGGACAUUCUCACCACACUGCUAAGCAACGUGGACCAUCUUAAGAUGUUACCUCAAUAACUCAUUCAAAUUUUCUGCAAACUUUUACCUGGAAUCCAUAUAUUUGGCACAUCUUUUGGAAGUGAAAUAUCAGCAAGAAUUAUGUUGAGAUGGUGUCAAUAGUCUGUUAAUCUAAGAACUAUCACUUUCUGGAUUACAGGAGAGAAAGUCAAUUUUAGAGUACAAUGGCGCGAAGCUCUUAUCGUCUAGACUUGAAACGGGAUGAUCCCAGAACACUUAUGAUCAAAAUGGAUGCCCGAUUAACAUUUGCAGGACGCGAGAGAAAUCACGCGUUCCAUUUGGAAGCUGAACGCGAGCUUCGUCAUCUUGAUUACGCGCGUCAUCUGACACGCUCCACCCUUGAGAGACAGCAGAAAGAGAUGCAUACACGUAUGAACUUCUUAAAGAAUCUUGUAGAGCAAAAUAGAGCGAGACGAAAGACAAUAGAAGAGCAGGGCAUGGAUGGCGAUAAACUGGAAAACAUGGUGAGACGAUUGCUGAAAAGAGGAAGAGGAAAGAGGAUGGUUUGCGACAUACAUUGCCGAUUAUUCCUGCCAGGAGAAACCUCGAAGAUUUAGUCAAGUCCAUGCAAACAAAACAAAAUAGCAAUUCAAACAUGAGUAGAUCGCUCGGGUAUCUCAGCGAAUCAUAUUCACAACAUAGCAUGCAAGAAACUUUGAGCGAAAGGAGACUGAGACAUUUGAAACAAGAAAUGAGAAAUGCAAAGAAGAAGGAGAUCCCUAAAGUUCAGGUAACUGUAGAGGAGGCAGAUCGUACUGCGGAGACGCCCAAGGUCGUGUGGGCUAACGCAGAAGGUGUAGCAAGUGUCAGCGAGAAGGACAAAACCAGUGGUGGGGUAUCAACGCAGAAUAUCUCACUGCCCGACAUUUCACCAGGUAGCAAGACCCAAAGCAAACCUACACCAGGAGGAAGAAGGGUUUCUCUAAGUCAGAUGAUUGCGAGCGGUGAAAUCCAGAAGCUUCCAGGUAUCGGGCCCGGUAGUGCCAGCAUGGCAUCUGAUGGAACCCCGCAAAAUCUCAAUUUGGCGAGAACAUUCUACAUGAACACGAGUCAGAAAUCUGGUCGCGGUCCUGUCUUACAACCCAUACAAAAUCAGCAGCAGAAGCCGAGCAAUAAACGUGGGUGGGUGAAGUUACCUCCGAACAUGGCUGCCCUCAAAUUCAAGGAGGAGGACGCCGAGAAAAAUCCUUUCAUGACGGCCGAUUUUAAACCUGAGACGUAUCGACCUCGAGAGCUCGUGGAAUCGAAUAAGCCGGAUGAAAUGUACGUGUGGCUUGGGUUUGACUCAGAGGAGGAAUACCGUCAGAUGGUGAAAGAAACUCAAGAAGAACUCGAUGCGGAAAGUGACGACGGUGAUGAGCUAGUCGAACUGGAAGUCAUUGACGAGCUCGAAGAAACUACUGAGGACACAAUCGAAAAAGCGGGUGCCGAGUAUCUAAAGAAAAGGAGGAUGAGUAGACGAGUAUCUCGUCUUAGUGCCCCCAUUGCUAUGUUAGCAUCUAGUCUGAAGAGAAUGAGUGUAAGUCAUGGAGUCUCGAACUCAGACAGGAGCAAACCUAGUAGUGGACUCAAGAGAUUCAUCCGAGCUGCGAAGACGAUCUGUAUUGUGAGAAAGUUCCAAAUGAAUGGGGAAGAAAACGAAACAGAGAGAUGAUAGUAACUUGCUCGGACAUAUUUUACUUGGUAAAAGAACUGUAGAUCAGUCAAAGUAAGUAGUGAAUAGAUAGAAAGCCGAUUAUUUCGAAAUAGAGUACAAGUAUGUGACUUGUUAAAAUGAAACUUAAUUUAGAAUGGCAAGUUGCAGUUAGCUUACAAAUAAAUGGUUCUAGAAAAGUCUUGGCUUUUUCCUUGAAUUUAGCGAUAGUAGAUAAUGCCUCCAUCUGAUAUUAGGAUAGCAAAUAAAAAACGAAUGUUUAUUGUUGAUAAAGUUUAUGAACUUAAUAUGUAUGAUAUAAAUUAUGUCACAAAAGAAAAGGUGGAUUCAGCUUCGUUUAAUCAACGAUUUUAAGUAGCAGUGAUUUUGAUAUUACAGUACGUUAUUACAUUGAAAGACAUUUGACGAAAGCUUUACUUUUUAAGCUUAGCUGUAUUUUUAAAGACAGAUAAGUAUAGUGGAUUAUUGUAAUUCUUAGUUAGAAACAAGAUUGCAUGGUUGGUGCAGAGUCAUAGAAUUUCUAUGACUCUAUCCUUAUAGUUAUGAUCAAAUCUACAGAAUAUCAUAGGAUGCAACUUUUUAUGUGGCUUUUGAAGUCUAAAAUUGACAACCAUGUUUACACGUUGAAUUAUACCUCGCUCUUAGUCGUAUAGUUACGUCCAUUUAAGAUAUAGUGAGUGGUAAAAUUGCGGUUCAAGGGUUUUGGGUGCUAAAUAUCCAUUCAAUAUUGUUUAAAUAUUGCCUUCAGAGGUUUAGAUGGCAAUA